AUGCAUUUGAUGUACACUCUCGACAACCAGGGCAAGCGUGUCUACACCUUGAAGAAGGUCAACGGCGCCGAGGUCACAAAGUCCGCCCACCCUGCUCGCUUCUCGCCCGACGACAAGUACUCGAGACACCGCGUCACCCUCAAGAAGCGCUACGGUCUCCUCAUCACCCAGCAGAAGGACCUCAAGGUUCUUGGCCAAUAA